AUGGUCCUCGCAAAGAAGCACGUCCCUAUCGUCAAGAAGCGCACCAAGCGUUUCGAACGUCACCAGUCCGACCGCUUCAAGUGUGUCCCCUCGGCAUGGCGCAAGCCUAAGGGUAUCGACAACCGCGUCCGCAGACGCUUCCGCGGUAACAUUGCUAUGCCCUCCAUUGGAUACGGUAGCAACAAGAAGACCAAGCACAUGGCCCCCUCCGGCCACAAGGCUUUCCUCGUCCAGAACCCCAAGGACGUUGAGCUCCUCCUCAUGCACAACCGCACCUACGCCGCUGAGAUCGGCCACGCCGUCUCCUCCCGCAAGCGUGUCGACAUCAUCGCCAAGGCCAAGGCCCUCGGCGUCAAGGUCACCAACCCCAAGGGCCGUGUCCAGGUCGAGAACUAA